AUGGGGCUCUCGGGGCAACGAAGAGCAAACUGUGGCCCACUGACCGGUAGAUCCAAGAGGACGCCUCUAUCAAGUGCUGCAGACAGGAGGGUAAAGCUCUGGCUUCCAGGAGGACAGCUCAAGCUGCUGCUGCCGCUGCUGCUGUUGCUCUGUGCUCUGCAGACACCGGCCGGGAGCUCUGAGGCUGCUCUUAAGGUAGACCUUGACUUGACACCAGAUUCCUUUGAUGAUCAAUACCAAGGCUGUAGCAAGCAGGUCAUGGAGGAGCUAAGCCAAGGAGACUACUUUAUGAAGGAAAUAAGCACUCAUAAGUAUUACUCCAGAGCAUGGCAAAAAGCCCAUUUAACCUGGCUGAGCCAAGACAAGACUAUCCCGGAGAGUAUGACCACCACACACGCUGUGGCCCUUUUGGUCUACACCUUGAAUCAAAAUGUGAGCUCUGACUUUGCUACGGCCAUGGUCAGCACUGUUGGGUCUCCCAGCCAGUACAGACAGUCAUUCCACUUCAAGUAUUUGCACUACUACCUCACCUCAGCCAUCCAGCUGCUGAGGAAAGAGAGCUCCACAAAGAACAACAGCCUGUGCUACAAGGUGCACCAUGGGAUGAAGAACAUGAAAUUUGACGUCAAUGUUGGGGCCACCAUUCGAUUUGGCCAGUUCCUUUCUGCCUCCCUGCUAAGAGAGGAGACACGAGUGUCUGGAAACCGAACACUGUUUACUAUUGUUACUUGCCUGGGUGCCUCUGUGCAAGACUUCUGUCUCAGGAAAGAAGUCUUGAUCCCCCCCUAUGAAUUAUUUGAAGUCACAAGUAAGAGCCACAACCCCAGUGGAGAUUUGAUAAACUUGCGGUCUGCUGGAAACCUGAGCACAUAUAACUGUCAGCUGCUAAAAGCUUCCGGCAAGAAGUGCACCCCUGCUCCCAUGGCUAUUGUUUGGCUCUUCUUGGCCAGUGUUGUUAUCGCUUCCAAAAACAGAGAGUAAAGGAAUCCACUGGCUCCUUUUUAA